AUGGACGACACCUAUAACAUGCUCAACCUCCAAGAGGUGGAUUCGCUAGAGGCCAUCGUCAUCAUCGACAACGAACUUGACCCUAUGUCUCCGCCUGCGCCCGAGACGGUGGGAGUUUCCGGAAACAUGCGCACGAUAGGACUGCAUUCGAAGCAUCCAUUGACCGAUCGUGGCGGCGCCGAUAGCGAAAUGAGAAUGGAAGACAUAUGUUGCGCUGCACAUGGACUUUCAAUCCUGGUAACAGCAACGAAAGGCGAGAAAAAGCAUGCAAUGCUGUUCGAUGCCGGACCGGAGGAAGACAUCUGGGAGAGAAAUGUACGUCGUCUUAAACCAAAUCUUGCUUCGGUUGAAGCAAUUCAACUAUCUCAUUGGCAUCGAGAUCAUUCCGGUGGUCUUGGCCGGGCGAUUCGCAUGAUCAAUAGUGAAAAGCAAUUGAAUGGAAGCUCGGAUAAGGUGAUCCUGGACCUUCAUCCAGAUCGACCCUGUUAUCGAGGUCUUGGAUUCCCCGAACGCAUCGUCUCCCUCGAGGCAGACCCGACCUUUGAGGAGCUCGAUGCCGCUGGCGCCGCCAUUCACAAAUCAAAAGAGCCCCAUACACUUCUGGAUGACAUGUUCUUGGUAUCUGGCGAGAUUCCGCGACUUACAUCGUACGAGACUGGGGCCAAGUUUGCAGUCAGGUAUCUGCCAGACGAGGACGAUUGGGUCUCGGAUGAACUUAUUACAGACGAGCGCUUCCUUGCUUGCAAUCUCAGGGGGAAAGGACUCGUGGUCUUUACGGGUUGCAGUCACGCGGGCGUUGUCAACGCCGUGACGAACGCAUUAAAGUUGACAGGUAACAAGAUUCCUGUCCAUGCGGUCGUAGGAGGCUUUCACCUUGCAAUCAGCGAUGAAAUGCAGGUGCGCAGCACUGUUGCUGAUUUAAAGCGGCUUGAUCCUGCCGUGUUGAUGCCGGGCCAUUGUACCGGAUGGCGAGCCAAGUUUGCAAUCGAGAAACAGAUGCCAGGAAGACUGGUGCCAUGUACGGUGGGGAGCACAAUUAGAUUUUGA